AUGCAAGGGCUAAUCGAAAUCGAACCUAAACAAUUUUUAGAAUUUGAGGCUGAAGAAAACAAAUUAGCACACGCUCAAUUAUCCCUUAAAAAUUUGACUUAACAAGAUGUCGCAUUCAAAAUAAAAACAACAACGCCUACCUUGUUUCAAGUGAAACCAAGCGUGGGUGUUAUCAAUAUCAAUUAGACCCAACUAAUUGAGAUAUCUACAAGUCAACCCAUAAAGGCUGAUGCAAAAUUUGAUCCAAAAUUUUAAGUUAAUGCUUGCUUUAUUGACUUUCCUGAUCAAGAUCUGACUCAAUUCUGGAAAAACAGAGAUCAAUCAACUAUUUAAUCCUAAUAAAUUAAAAGCAGAAUAAAAUAAUAGAAUGCUCAACAGGAUGCUUAAUCGUUUCAGUCAGUUCCUGAUUCCAAAAUACUUGAUUCCAAUGCUAGUGUUUCGCAAUAAUAAGAAUCCAAAAUGUUCAAGUCUGUUAUAGAACCAAAAUCAGAAAAGGAUGACCAAAUUAAACAAUAUUAAGACCAAUUUGAAAAGCUUUAACAAGAAUAUCUUGAAUUCAGAAAGAAAAUUGAAGCUGAAACCUAAUAAGCAUAAUUAAAAAAGGACAAGAAUAAUCUGAGUAUCUCUUAACUAUUGUUGGCUGUUGUAAUCGCCUUAGUCGCAGGUUAUUUUAUAGGAAAUUGA